AUGGCCUUGUCACGAGGUCUCGCCUUACCCACCACCUCUGUUCGUGACUCAGUGGAGUUUGAGACAGCACUGGCAGACCUCCAGGUGGAAUCUGGCUGUCCUAUCUGUCUGGAUUAUUUGAAAGAUCCAGUGACACUCAUCUGUGGGCACAACUUCUGUUACUCCUGCCUCAGUUUUUCCUGGAAGGAUCUAGAUGAUUGUUUUCCUUGCCCUGUCUGCCGAUUUUGCUUUCCAGAAAGGAACCUCAGGAAGAACCCCCAGCUCCGUAAUUUGAUUGAAGUUGCUCAGCUUCUUCAGAUCAGAAGGAGCAAGAGAAAGAGGCAGGAAGAAAGGCCUGUGUGUGAAAAGCACAAUCAAUUUCUGACCCUUUUCUGUGUGAAGGACCUAGAGAUUUUAUGUACACAGUGCAGUUUCUCUACCAAACACCGCAAGCACUACAUUUGCCCCAUUAAGAAAGCUGCUGCUUACCACAGGAAAAUCCUAAAAUGUAGCAUUGAGCCCAUGAAGAAUAAUGUGGAACGAGUUGGAAAGGUGAUAGCCCUGCAGUGCAGGAAAUCUGUGGCACUGAGGAAGAGGGUAAAACGCAGGAAACAGGAAAUACACUGUGAAUUUGUGCAAAGCAGGCUGUUUCUACAGCAUGAGCAAGAGGUUAUUCUGAGACAGUUACGAGAUGAAGAGAUGAACAUUUUAGCCAAACUUCAUGAAAACAUUGUAACAUUUUCAGGGCAUGUUUCUACAUUAAAACACCUGCUGAGGGAUGUGGAGGGCCAGUAUAUGAAGCCAGACUUGGAAUUACUCACCCAUGUCAAGAGUAUCCACCACAGAUAUCAAAACCUAAAACACCCUGAACUCUUCACAUUCAGUUUAAAGAAGUAUGGUUUUAGGCUUCCUGUGCAGUAUUCUGGCUUAGACAGAAUUAUUAAGCAAUUUCAAGUAAAUGUGAUUCUAGAUCUCAACACAGCACACCCUCAUCUUCUUAUCUCUGAGAACAGAAAAGCUGUGCAAUAUGGAAGAACAAAGCAAAAUGUUUGCUAUCACCCAAAGAGAUUUUAUCUGUGCCCUGCUGUCCUGGGUGCUAACCAGUUUAGUUCUGGAAGAUAUUACUGGGAGGUGGAGGUGGGAAACAAACCUAAAUGGACAUUGGGUAUAUGUCAAGGCUGUCUUCCUAGGAAUUGGCGGAAUCAGCCCUCAGUCCGAGAUGGCUUCUGGGCAAUUGGGCGAUGCACUAAGAGUGGAUGUGUUGCCUUGGGUCCCAGGAGAACCCAGCUUCUGCCAGUAGCAGGGCCCAGGAGAAUUGGUAUUUUCCUAGAUUAUGAAUUGGGUGAGGUUUCCUUUUAUGAUAUGAGUGACAAGUCUCUUCUCUGUACUUUUCAAGAUUCUUUUACUGAAGCUGUUUGGCCAUAUUUCUGUGUUGGAACAGAUUCUGAACCUCUUAAAAUCUUACCAGUUCCAGAUCAUGAAAGAUAA